AGCGUUGGAAGGGGCAGGGGGCAUAAACUCAACACCACUCUGUUACUCUGUGUUCCCCCUGACUGGUCCAGAAAUUGCCCCCCUCUCCCUUUUCAGCAAUAACUGAUAGAAUGGUCAUUUUUAAACAAUGCAAGGUCCUGCUAUAGUUUACCAGAUAUUCUGCCAGAUAGUUUCCUAUUACUUUGAGCAGUAGCAUGAACAAAUUGGACUACACAUGAAGAAAACUCGGUAUUUUUAAAUGCAUUCUGCUUGCACACGUGUAUUUCCAGUACCCAUCCACUUGUGUUUUAAAGUUACUUACACGAGUAGAAACCCACUCUAGAACUUUAACAGAAAACUGAAGAAAGGGAAACUUUUAAUUUUACUUCGUUGGUCAUUAAAUUCAAAUACAGAUUUUCAGGGAUUUGGUUUAUUUUUUAAUUCUUACCUGUUUUUUUAAAUCCAUUUGCAAGAUCAAAAUUACUCAAACCUACCACUGGAGCCUCGUUUCUUUUUUUCAAAAAGCUGUUUAUAAGGGGAAAGUAUGCUUUUACACCCGGUCUUACUUUUUUUUUUUUGAUAGCUUAUGGCUGGAGUGGUUCCCUGAUACUAGCGCUGCACAUCCUGCUCCGCAAGCAGAUAUCUGUGAUGCUGCAGCCCCUUGAUGUCAGCAUUUGGGUUCCCUUAAGUUUCAGAAGUGUUAAGAGGCCCAUGUGGCAGCUGGAGUUUGUGUGCUUAGCUGUGUCCUCUAUUCUUGUGCACCAAGUCACUUCAUUAGUUAUAUAAGCAGAAAAUUGUAGUUUUCUGCUCUUUCACUACUAUCAGGGUUAGGCAUUGUACCUGUGGUCUCAUUUUUUCUGUAUAGCUUUUCAUCUGAUUAUUCACUGCUUAAUGAUUGCUUUGUGGUUUAUAUAAAAAUAUCUGGAAUUCCUAGAAGCUUUGAUUAUCUCUGCAAGACAAGAACAUAAUUAUAUGCAGUAGGAUGAGUGACUUAAUGGAAUAUUUUUCUGAUACAAAUGCUUGGAAAAAAAACCAAAACAGACAUGGCCCAGAGCAACAGCAGGUUAGGGUAAAAACUCUAAAGUCUGUCUUCAGUGCCAUCAUGUGAGCUAUUGUGGCACUUCCUGACUCCAUUUACCAGCUGGAGCAGGUGGCAUAAUGCUGUUUCUUUCAAAAACUCUUGGGAAAUACGGUUGAGAUUUGUGAGGAGUUUUGAAGCCUGUGGGUAAAAGGUAGUAUGUGUCUGCAAAGGUGGAAUUUUUAAAUCCAUUUUGGGGCAGUUCUUCCUUUCUUACACUUUCUGUAAAGUAGAAAGGGAGAAAAAAAGACCACGCAGGAACUUGUAGCAUGGUGCAGAAACUAAUGCAAGGUAGUCCUUUUGGACCUGCGUGUUGAGGUGAGAGCUUGUUUGUUAUGCAAUAAUAACCUGUUUAUUACAGAGCAUAGCAGGUCAUUGUGCUGAGCAUAAGAAAGAUGGAUGAUGAAUCAGAAAUUUUGCAACGUAGAAAAUGAAAGCACUUGCUGCAGAAAUGAAAACUGUGCUAAUGCAGAUAAUAAUUGAGAUGUAGUGUCCUUAUCAACUAUGCAAGGUGUGUUAGAGGAACCUUUACGCUUUCUCCCCAUCACCUUGAGCCACAUUUAUGCUAUUACGAUUUCUCUUCCCUUUUGUUGCUGUUCUCGUCUGGUGGCCCCUAAAACAAGACUGACGUUGCUGCUUCUGUAAUGCCACAUGUCAUCAGUCUGCUGUUUGUGAGGAAUGCGACACGGGAAAAUCCGAGAAGGCGAAUGCCUUUGACAAGUGGGUCACACAGCAGUAUUGCCGGUCUUGCUGCACUGCCCCCUCUGCAUAUCUGAACCGUUGACCAAGAACAGUAUUUGUUAAUUCAGCCAUAUGAAGUCUUGUCAGGACACAAACUAAAAAUAACUGGAUGUACACCUCUUGAAAUAGUGCAGAGCAUCCACAAAUCAUCUGGGUUAAAAAAACAAAGCAUUUUUGUCAUCAAUCUAUGAUGCACUUUUUGUGGCUUGUUUUGCAUAGUUGUACUCUAGGUUUCUCUAAAUACCUGUUGCAUUGUUGAGUGUUUUCAGGAAAAGAGGUUUUAGGAAAUUCCCUGAAUUGCUGCUUGUGCUCAGUAUUGGGCUUUUGUAUAAAUGUUUAAGUGGUUUAUUAUAUGAGUUUAGUCCACAAAAGCCGUAGCCAAGAAAGGCCUAGCUUGUGCCACAGGUGGGCAGUGCUGUCCCCUUGCUGCAGCGGCCGGUGUUAGGGGGAAACGUGCUGCUGACAUUAGGUAGAGUUGGGGAGGGCAGUGCUUGGGACAGGCCAUGGGGGAAUGCCAGGGCACCCAGUCUCAGUGACCAAAAUCUAGGCUGUUGCCUAGAUAGCUGAGCAGCAGGAUCCCUCCUGCCGUGAUCAGGAGCCACAGCAACCAGGUGUCCCUUUGUAUACCUGUCAGUUGACGUGCUGGCUUUCCACCCAGCACAUCUCCAAGUGGCGAUGGAUUGUCCUUUGCUAAUUGGAAGUAGCUUAUGGAUUGGUGAAGAAACCUGGUUGCUGCUUCUGGUGGAGGCUUGAGGUAGAGCAGAGCAUGGGUGCAGCUGGCAGCUGCAUAUCGGACAUUGCUCCCUGGCACGUGGAGGUGCCAUCGUGGCAUUAGUCACAGACUUGGCGCAAGGAUGGAGCCCUCCCCGAAACAGUGGAAGGGGUUGUGUGCAAUGGAGACUUCACUUGUGCUGAGAAGCCAGUAGAGCUGGUACCUGCGCAGAAGUAGCUGCUGGUACAGGCUCCUGCCUGAGGCAUAUUUCCACGAUCCAAACAGGCAGAGGAUAUGAGCAUCAGUGUUCAAGAGUAAACUCCUCAUGGGAAGUCCUGCUCCUACACUGAUCUGAGUAACGGCUCUGCUUGUGAAAGCAAAUUGGUGAGUUACCAUUUCAUGGAAGGUUUAAAAAAUGGCUGAAGAUGGCAGUGAUGAGAUUAUGUUUAUUUGGUGCGAGGACUGUAGGCAGUACCAUGAUUCAGAGUGUCCUGAACUAGGCCCAGUGGUGACAGUCAAAGACUCCUUUGUGCUGAGCAGAGCAAGAUCAUCUCUGCCUUCUAAUUUGGAGAUAAGACAAUUGGAAGAUGGGACUGAAGGAGUGUUUGCUCUCACUCAGCUAGUGAAACGUACCCAAUUUGGCCCAUUUGAAUCCAAGAGAGUUGCCAAGCUGGAAAAAGAAUCCGUUUUUCCCCUGAAGGUGUUCCGGAAGGAUGGGCCCUCGGUAUAUUUUGAUACCUCAAAUGAAGAUGAUUGCAACUGGAUGAUGAUGGUGCGACCAGCCACUGAAUAUGAGCAUCAAAACUUAACUGCCUUCCAGCAUGACAAUGAUAUUUACUUCACCACGUCCCGGGACAUCCCACCAGGAACUGAGCUGCGAGUGUGGUAUGCAGCUUUUUACGCCAAAAAAAUGGAAAAGCCAAUGCUGAAGCAGGUCACUAGUAUUGCCAAUGAUAAUUGCUUGGUAGUGAUGGAAUCUAAUAAAGAGGGCAAUAAAAUCCCUUCAAAACCUUCAUCUGCUGUCUUACCCCAUAAAAAAACAAAGAAAUCCAACAUACCAGCAACUGAUCCAGCAGUGAACACUCCAGAAGGCAGUGGAGCUGCAGAAGCAGAGUCCAGCCAGUGGGCUUGUAAAGUGUGUUCUUUGGCUUUCCAGGAGCCUCAGAUGCUGACAGAGCACUUGCUGAGUCACCUGGAACAAGCUAAAGGUGCCCCCCAAACCAGCCAAAAUGAGGCUGUUGCAGAGAAAGCAGCAGAGGCUCCCACUGUGGAUCAGCCAGUGAUUUGUGAUGCAGCCAGUGCCAGUACAGACUCAAGGAGGAAGGCCAGGCGGGGAAGAAAGCCCAGAACAGCAAAAGCAGAAACGCCUCUUGUUGUUAUCGAAGAGAAAGAUUCUGCAGUGGAACGUGUAGCUGAUGUUGUAACUGAGGUCCCACCAGAAGAGGUAGCCCUGCCUUCAGCUGCAGAAGAGAGGAUUAUGGAAUUGGUUUUAGGAAAGAUGCCUAGCACCACAAAUAGCAUCAGUUCAGUGACAAAUAGGUUUGCUCAUCACCAAAACACCAUGUCCCUCAAAAGAAGUUUAAUUCUCUCCAGUAGACAUGGUAUACGGCGGAAGCUGAUAAAACAACUUGGGGAGCACAAGCGAGUCUAUCAAUGCAGUAUCUGCAGUAAGAUAUUCCAGAACAGCAGCAACCUCAGCAGGCACAUCCGUUCCCACGGUGACAAACUAUUUAAAUGUGAGGAAUGCGCAAAGCUGUUCAGCCGUAAAGAGAGCUUGAAGCAGCAUGUUUCAUACAAGCACAGCAGGAACGAAGUUGACAGUGAGUACCGAUACAAAUGCACCACCUGUGAAAAGGCCUUUCGGAUAGAGAGUGCAUUGGAAUUCCAUAACUGCAGGACAGAUGACAAGACAUUCCAGUGUGAGAUGUGUUUCAGAUUCUUUUCUACUAACAGUAAUCUUUCAAAACACAAAAAAAAGCAUGGGGAUAAGAAGUUUGCAUGUGAAAUCUGCAAUAAGAUGUUCUACCGGAAGGAUGUCAUGCUAGACCAUCAAAGACGACACUUGGAAGGAGUGAGGCGUGUGAAAAGAGAAGAGUUUGAGCACAGCACGGAAAACAUGGUUCGCUACAAGAAAGAGCCUUCAGGAUGCCCCGUGUGUGGGAAGGUAUUUUCAUGUAGGAGUAAUAUGAAUAAACAUCUUUUAACACACGGAGACAAGAAAUACACUUGUGAAAUCUGUGGACGCAAAUUUUUCAGGGUGGAUGUGUUGAGAGAUCAUAUUCAUGUCCAUUUUAAGGACAUAGCACUAAUGGAUGAUCACCAGAGAGAAGAGUUCAUUGGUAAAAUUGGAAUCUCAUCAGAGGAAAACGAUGACAACUCUGAUGAAAGUGCAGAUUCUGAGCCUCACAAGUAUAGCUGCAAAAGGUGCCAGUUGACUUUCGGCAGAGGGAAGGAGUACCUGAAGCACAUAAUGGAUGUGCACAAGGAGAAGGGCUAUGGCUGUAGCAUUUGUAAUCGACGUUUUGCCUUGAAGGCAACUUACCAUGCACACAUGGUCAUUCAUCGGGAGAACCUGCCUGAUCCUAAUGUGCAGAAAUAUAUCCAUCCAUGUGAAAUAUGUGGAAGGAUUUUUAACAGUAUAGGAAAUCUGGAAAGACAUAAGCUUAUACAUACAGGUGUAAAAAGUCAUGCUUGUGAGCAAUGUGGCAAAUCAUUUGCUAGAAAAGACAUGUUAAAAGAACAUAUGCGAGUCCAUGAUAAUAUCCGAGAAUACUUGUGUGCAGAAUGUGGCAAAGGAAUGAAGACAAAACAUGCACUUCGUCACCACAUGAAACUUCACAAGGGGAUUAAAGAAUAUGAAUGCAAAGAAUGUCAUCGAAAAUUUGCACAGAAAGUCAACAUGCUGAAGCAUUACAAAAGACACACAGGAAUCAAAGAUUUCAUGUGUGAGCUCUGCGGCAAGACGUUUAGUGAGAGAAAUACAAUGGAGACUCAUAAGUUGAUUCAUACAGUAGGAAAACAGUGGACAUGUUCAGUCUGUGACAAGAAGUAUGUCACUGAUUACAUGCUACAGAAGCACAUCCAGCUCACUCAUGAUAAGGUAGAAGCCCAGAGCUGCCAGCUGUGUGGGACAAAGGUUUCUACCAGAGCAUCCAUGAGUCGACAUAUGAGGCGUAAACAUCCAGAGAUUCUUUCAGUGAGGAUUGAUGAUUUAGAGCAGCUGCCAGAGACAACUACCAUUGAUGCCUCCUCAAUUGGGAUUGUUCAGCCGGAAUUAGCCUUGGAACAGGGAGAAUUACCAGAAGGAAAACAGCAUAUGAAAGCUCCUAAACGUGGCCAGAAACGAAAACAAAAGUCAGGUGAGGAGGAGGAAGCUCAAGUGCCUGAGGACCCUGCCUUCAGUGAAUACACAGAGAAGGAAGGUGAAUUCACAGGGAGUGUUGGAGAUGAGACUAAUUCAGCUGUACAGAGCAUCCAGCAGGUGGUGGUGACCCUUGGCGACCCAAAUGUCACAGCCCCGUCCAGUUCUGUGGGGCUGACAAAUAUCACUGUUACCCCCAUUACGACGGCAGCUGGAACCCAGUUCACAAACCUCCAGCCAGUGGCUGUGGGCCAUCUGACUGCACCUGAACGCCAGUUACAGCUGGACAACUCAAUUCUCACCGUGACGUUUGACACCGUCAGUGGUUCUGCCAUGCUGCACAAUCGCCAAAAUGACAUCCAGAUUCAGCCGCAGCCAGAGGCAGCCAAUCCUCAGUCUGUGGCCCAUUUUAUAAACCUGACCACCUUGGUGAACUCCAUUGCUCCUCUGGGGAACCAGAUAACAGAACAGCAUCCUUUAUCAUGGAGGUCAGUGCCUCAGGCUGAUGUCUUGCAGGCUCAGGCACAGCCAGCGCAACAGCAGUCAGGACAGCAACAGGUUCAAACAGAACAACAACAACAACAGAUGUAUAGCUACUAAUUUAUACUUCGAAAAGUUUUGAAAUGAACAGUAGUUAGAGACAAAAACACACAGACAUUUGGAAAAUUUCUAAUAGGUUUGUUUGCUGGAUACCAAACAGAGAUAGGAAAAUGUUUAUACAAUGAAAUAAAAGCUAAAAUUGGCAUAGCACCCUGCAACACCCUAAUCUUGAGAUUCUCACACUGUCUCUAGACCUUGCACUGUCUUAAAAAAAAAAAAAAAAGAAAAAAGAAAAAGGAAAAAUUCUCACCAUAAAUUUAUCACCUCCUUGCACUGUGUAGUAAGAUUGAGAUUUGACUGGAGCUUCAUAAUACUUCUUAACCAAAGCAGGGAAAUCCUAAAUAUUACAGCACUGGUGAUUUGCAAAACCCUUUCAGCCAUACCUUGUCACUUCUUUCCAGUCUGGAAAUUACAUAUGAAGACCUUGUUCACAGUGAGGUGGAAUGCACUUGUGGUCAGCUGGUAAAGACUGAAAUGUAAAGACACAAAAUGGGCAAAACAAUAAUUGUCUUUUUUAUCUUCUUUAGAUCUUGUAUCUAACAACAUUGGUAAAGUAGGUGGAGGUUUGGGCUUUGGGGUAGGGAUAAGUGUGGUGUGGAAGAAAAUAUACCAAUUUCACAAAGUAUUUCCAUUUUAGUCGUGAGAAAAAACCCUGUACCCAUAACACAGUGUUAGUGCUGCUUGUCUAAUGCUAAAGGAACUUAUAUGGUCUUCUAGUCAAGUUUGAAUCAAGCCAGUUAUGAAUUUAAAAAAAGAAUGUGAUAGUUUUAUGUAAUUUUUCAAAACUGCUUAUUCAGUCUUGCUUUUAGCUAAUAGGCCUGAACAGCCUAAAAUCAGUCCACUUUGAUCAAGUUCAGGAUGUGAAUUUUUUUCAAUUAGUCUUCUUUCAUUGUGUAAUAAACAUUUGAGAAAGCAUUCUUUUUAUAUAUAUAUGCACAUAUAUAUAUCCUUUGUACUUUACUGUGUGUUCUUGGUGAGUAUUUGUGUGAAAAAGUUAUCAGUAUGAUUCAUUAAUUUUUUCACCCUCAUACUGCUCUUUCUGUUUCCAAAACUUACUUCCAAAAUUCAUAGCCACUCACCAGAUUGUGUGAAAUGCAAGAAAAAAGAAUGUCUGAAGCAUAUUCUGCCACAUGGAGGCAGUAUGCCCUAGUGUAUAAUGGGCAACGUUUGCAUGAGUGUUGGGGAUAUAAAUAAUGGGUUGGGUCAAAUGCAUCAUUGCUGAUACUACACUUUCAUUCCAUUCUCCAUACGUUGAUGUGCAGUCUGGACUUUUGCAUGUCAAGAAAAUAGUAUCUUUCCCACAGAGACAAAGCAGCUGAUAGCAAAAUGGAAUAAACUAAAAAAAAAAAAAAAUGUUGCUGCCUGGAAUCCUGAAAGGCAAAUCUGUCCUUCUAGCUGUGGCUGAAGAACAAGGUCUUUUGGGGCAGUAGACUGAGCCAUAGAACCAUGUUAAAGAUUUUUGCUGAGAAUAAAGUAGCUGCUUGUGUUUGACAGUGAAGAUAGAUUAAUGGUUGUAAAAAUCAUGUCUGUGCCUAUUGUAUUUAUGAAAAUGUUCUAUGUAUUAGCAAAAAUAUGAGUAGGAGUGACUUCAGCUUUGAAAGUCUGUAUUAACAUGGACUACUUGACCCUUAGAGGAUGCCUUAUAAUGUCUACAACAGAUUCUUCCAGAGUAUAAAUGUCUGGAUAUUAAAGUUAACCUCCAAUGGUUUUCUUGGUGCCGUAGCAGCGUCCAGAGGCUCACUAUGCUGGGCUCUGUGUAAAGCUUAAUUGCAACAGGACAUGUAUAGGAAAGGGAUUUCUGGUGACAGAUUUUGUAUGUCAGAGGAGCAGAACUACUUCUCUGUAAAUGUCAGCAAGCCUGUAAAAUGUCUGCAUGGAAGGAACCUAUAUUUGAUGGGACAAGGUUGUGUAUUGGAAAGGAAAAAUAUCUUACCAGGGUGGGAAAGAGAAUUUUUCAUUCCCUAGUCCUGCCUGUCUUCCCAAGAUCCUUUUCACACAAUACCGUGAGAUCCUGUAAUUUCAUUAGCCUCCCGCUAUCCUGAGAAGUGCAGUUUUAUGCCCUUCUAGCACCUGGAUUACUUCACCACUGGCUUGAGCCAGUUUAGUUUCUCCUCAGCUGUCCUGUCCACAAAUGCUUCCCCUUCAUGCCAAACCCACUGGUCAAGAGGAAGCUAGGAUUUAUUUAUGAAAUAUGUUGUUUAUGUAUUUGAAACUUUUUUUCCCCCCUGUGUUUGUGCCUAAUGGUAAAGGCAUGUUAUCUUUUGGCAGAGUACUGGGGGGGG